ACCCUCUGCAUCACCAAUAGAAUGCGAUAAUUCGACAGAAGUUAUUUAAUUCAUUCAGUAGAAAUGAUUUUGCGACAUUUCGGUUUCAUUCUUAUAAUUCUGACAGUUUAUCUGUCAUCUACUCAUGCCACAACACGGAAACAUCAUCGUCGAUCGAUUGAUAAUGAUGCUCGGAAUCUUGGCUUUCAAUUCGUAAUGGAACCACGACGGAAUGUGACUGUUAUGGAAUCAUCGUCUCAUUUAUUAGAAUGUAGUUAUGUUCUGGCUCAUGAGAGACUUGUACACGAUGUCCGAAUUGAAUGGAAACGUGAUGGUGUGUUGCUCAGUGAACGGACAUCUUCUAGAAUAAAAGUAAUGUCAAAUGGUUCAUUAUGGAUAGAAUCAGUGAGCAGUGCCGAAGAAGGAACAUAUCAAUGCGCUGUACAUGUGACUACAAAAAGCGAUCAAACAAGUGAUACGUGGACAUUUUUGAGUCGAAAAGCUACGUUACGAUUGGCGGAUUUGGCAAAGUUUGAACUGCAAGCGAUUGAUCGAACUCUAGCAAAAGGGCAGCCAACUGCGUUUCAUUGUCUUAUUAACUCGAAACCAACCCCAACAGCAGUUUGGCUUCACAACGAUGAACCUAUUGUAAAUGGUGGCGAAUAUCACAUUCUACCAGUGUCAAACACUUUGGAGAUUAGUUCCACUCAAUCUAGACACGAAGGGACGUAUAGGUGUACGGUAGAAGGUGCUGGGAAGAGAAGAAGUAGCCAAACUGCACGAUUGACCGUUACUACUGAAACAGUAUCGAAUGAGCUAGUUUUCAUCACAACGCCACGUCUACAAGUUGUUGAACAAGGCGACGAAUUCUUACUUGAAUGCCUUGUUGCCUCACUAAUCAGACCUCAAGUUAGAUGGCUCAAAGAUUCUCGUCAAAUUAUUGUCGAUGGAGUUCGUAUUCGACGUGUUGGCGUAUCGUCAAUUCUUGUCUCACGUGCUUCUAUCGAAGAUACUGGGCUAUACACUUGUCGAGCUUCGAAUAAUGAUGAUUCAAUUGAUCGAGCUGUAUCUGUAGAAGUUCGUGCUCCGCCGAGAAUCACUACACGACCUACCACGAAAGUUGCUGUUGAAACUGCUGAUGUUGAAUUAGAGUGUGGAACGGCGGCUGCUAGACCAGAGGCACGCGUUAAUUGGUACAAAAAUGGAGAAGCAAUAAUUGGGAGCGAGUAUUUUGUAAUUGAGCCGAACAGACUCCGCAUCCUUGGAGUCGUACGAGCCGAUCAAGCAAUCUACCAAUGUAUUGCAGAAAAUGAUGUUGGAAGUGAACAAGCUAGUGCACAACUUCUUGUUGAUGCUCCAGAUUCAUCAUCAGUGGCUGCUUCCUCAGGAGUUCCAAUGACUUCGUCUGCACCGUUAGGCCUCCGUUCGACGUCUUCUGGUUCUCGCUUUAUAAAUGUUGAAUGGGAUCCACCAGUUCAAAGAAAUGGGAAUAUUAUGAGAUAUCAUAUAUUCUACAAAGAUAAUUUAAUCGACAGAGAAAGGAUGAUCAAUUCAUCAAGUACAUCUGCAACGUUAACAUCUCUACAACCAUCAACAAUGUAUUUAAUUCGAGUUACUGCUGAAAAUGAAGCUGGAAUGGGAAAGUUUAGUGAUUCACUUAAAGUUACCACAAACAAAGAACAAGCAGUUCCUGGAAAAGUCGCAUCACUAACAACAACUGCAACUGGCCCCGAAACGAUUGACAUCCGUUGGAGCCCACCAAGUGGAGGACAACCUGCCCUUCGAUACAAAAUAUUCUAUUCGCAUGAUCCAUUGGAGAAAAAUGAAAAAGAAACAUUGAUUACGACCUCGACAACACAUUAUACACUUCAUGGAAUGGAUAAAUACACUGGAUAUCAGAUUCGAAUUGAAGCUGAAGGAUCCAAUGGAUCGGGGCUUUCAAGUGAUACUGUGAAAGUACGAACACAAUCCGAUGAACCAUCAGCACCGCCUGUAAACAUUCAAGCAGAAGCUGAUAGCUCAACAAGUGUUCGAGUUAGUUGGGAUGAGCCAGAAGAGGAAUCUGUUAACGGAGAAAUUACUGGAUAUCGGUUGAAGUACAAGACAAAAGCUCGUGGAGCCAAAGGCAAUACUCUUGUGAUUGACGCCACUGCUAGAGAGUAUACUAUGGGAAAUUUGGAACCGAAUACACAGUAUCUGAUAAGAAUGGCAGUAGUGAAUCACAAUGGAACGGGACCCUUCUCGGAUUGGGUUUCUAUUGAUACUCCUGGACAAGAUAAAGAAGAACGAACACUUGGAGCACCGAGAGAGAUUCGACCACAUGCUGGAAUUGAUUAUAUUCUUGUAUCAUGGCUUCCACCAGCAGAUGAACAGAAUCUUGUUAGAGGAUAUCAAAUUGGAUGGGGAUUGAGUGUUCCUGAUACUGAAACAAUUCGUGUAACUGCUUCCACAACUCAAUAUAAAAUUGCCAGAUUGCAUUCGGAACGAGAUUAUGUGAUUUCUCUUCGAGCAUUUAAUAAUCUAGGAUCUGGAUUUCCGAUUUAUGAGACUGUCCGAACAUUGUCUCGUGAAACUCCAUCACAUUUCAAUGAAGAUUCUGAUUCUGACGAUUCUGACGUUGGAUCCUCAGAAUCUACUCCAGUUGGAGUGCGUGCUGAGGCAAUCUCUGCAACAUCAAUACGUGUUAUGUGGACGGAAUCUGAUGAAACUGCUUUCAAUACACAGUAUACAGUUCGAUAUAGUACAGCUGUUGAUGGGAAUCAACAUAGAUACGUGAAUAGCACCGAGACAUGGGCUACUGUGGAAGGACUACGACCAGCUACUGAGUAUGAGUUUGCGGUUAGAGCUGUUGCAUCAAAUGGGCAGUUGAGUACUUGGUCAAUGGCUACCAGGAAUCGAACAUUAGCGGCUCCACCAAGUUCAGCUCCACGUGAUCUCACUGUGCUGCCUGCAGAAAGUGGCGAUCCUCACUCUUCAAGUCUUCAUUGGCAACCUCCGAAAUAUUCAAAUGGAGAAAUUGAAGAAUAUUUAGUGUUUUAUACGGAUCGAGCUUCUCUUGCGGACAAAGAUUGGACAAUUAACUAUGUAGCUGGUGAUAAGUUGUCACAUCAAGUCAGCAAUUUACUUCCAAAAGCUAAUUAUUUCUUCAAGAUUCAAGCAAGAAAUGAGAAAGGUCAUGGCCCAUUCUCUUCUGUAGUUGGAUACACUCCAUCAGGCGGUGCUAUUCUAUCAGGAAAAGAUCGUCACAAUGCACGUGGGCAUGGAUCAGCGGCUUCUGGCGAUACAGUUUCCUUAGUCGAUCAACUUCAAUCUCUUCUUCACUCUAACCCAUUGUAUCUCAUACUUUUGGCUGCGUUUGCUCUGAUUCUGAUCCUUACACUGAUUCUUAUCAUAAUGUGUUGUUGGAAACGAUCUAGUGGUGGAGGGCGAAAGAAUGGAUAUCAGUCUGGAAAAAAGACGAGUGCCGGAGCUGGAAGUGGAGGUGGAAUAGGUGGUCUUGGAGGUCCACCUAAUGAUUUAUGGAUUAAUGGAACUGGAAGUCAUAUGAGAGCUGGUGCUUCUGAUUAUAUGGUUGAUGGUCUAGCAACCGCCCAUCUUACUGCUGCUGACAUUGAAUCACCCACACCUAGAUACCAUCAUCUACAAGGGCAAGGAACUCUAACACGAAGUUAUCAUCAAAGCUCACAAAGUCUUGAAGGACGACAACGAACACCUCAAGUGGUUUAUACAGGAACUGGAAGGCAUCAGCCGAUUCAAAGAAUCGACUUUGAAAGUCCUUAUGGUUCAUCAUCUGCAAUUGGAUCCGCCUCGACUCCGCCUCUCCCAAUGCAAGCUCCACCUUCUGGUCCACCUACAGUAAUCGAUGGAUACCGUACUCUACGUGGAACACCUCCAAAUUCAUCAGCUGCAAAUGCUCUUCGGUCAUUCACUCAAUUGGCAGGAGCAACACCACCUCCACCACACUCUGCGGCAUCAUCAUCUUCUCGACCGACUAUUAUUGCAGCCGGUGGACGGCAAGUUCCAGUUGGAAGAGCAACUGCUCAACCACGUGUCAAUGUUGCAAAUAUCUACAGUCCAUUUGCAUCAUGCUCUGCAUCUUCUGAUGCAGGAGAAUCAGAUAAAAAGAGUGGAGAAUGUAUGGAAAUGAGAGAAACCACACCCAUUAAAUCUAAUACAGCUGGUUCAUCGAAUGGAGAGAAGAUGAACACAAAUAUGAAUCCUUCACACUCGGCAGAAGAUCUCAACGCACAUCUUGAGAACCUUGACACAAUGCUUGAUGAUCUACAACAAUUACAGCACAAUUUGCAUUUUGAGACGAGUAUGGAUAAGUAAUAAUAAUCUGGUAUUUUUUUGAUAAUUUGAAUUAUUAAUUUUGCAUAAUUAUACUUCUUUUUCUACAAAAAACUCCCACUUUCAUUUUACAUUACGGUCAUUGUUCAUUCUUUUUGAAGCUCAGCUCAAUUAUUUUCUAUGUACAAAUCCUUUAAUUUUUGUAUUCCUACUGAUCUGUUUUAUCUGUUCUUAUAGUACGUAUUGAAUCCUGAUUACGAAUUUCUGGUUAAUUUUCAAAAAUUGACUUGAAAAUCGUUUGAAAGAGUUUCAAAAUCCCAAAAUUUCCGGUCUUCCUUUUUUUUCAGUUCAUCUAAUUUUUCAAGCCCCCACUUGCAUAUGACGAGGUAUACAAAUUGAUCAUGAUUUCUCAUCGCCCACAAAACAUUCUCUUUAAUAAUUUAUCAAAUGAUUGCUCUGUUCUCUGCUGCUCCCUUGUCAUUCUUUCCAUGAUUUUAUUAUUUUUGCCUUUCACAUUUUUUUAAAGAUUGAAAUAAGUUUGUAAUGAUAAAGACUUUAACUUUUAUUAAAA